AUGCGACCUUUAGACAUUCACCAGUUGCUAAGCAACAGCAAGGAUUCUAAGGGGAGAAUAACAAAGCCAAGGUUUUUGGAUAAAGAGAAGAGGCUGGUUUUAGCUGCUGAGAGACGUAAUAAAGAGUUUAACAGUGCUGAUCGAGUCCGGGAUAAGAAGGUCAGGGUAUUAGUAGAGCCUGAGGAGCAAAUAAUAGAUCAGGCUUCUUCACGGCAGGUCAAGGGCGUAGAGAGGGUUUCGAGAAGCAAGUUCAACUUUGACUGGAAUGAAAAAGAAGAUACACUAGCUGAAUUUAAACCUCUGACAAAGGUGAAGGUGAAAGAUGUGCUUUAUAGAGCGAGAGAGGGUUCUGCAGUGGAUGGCUAUAUGAGUAAGCGGUGGACAGAGAAGAAAUUAUCUGAAAUGACCGAGAGAGAUUGGAGGAUUUUAAGAGAAGAUUUUAAUAUAACGGCGAAAGGAGGGGGUAUGAAGCAUCCGCUGAGGAAUUGGAGCGAACUGAAGCUUAUACCGACGGAUAUAGUGAAAGUGAUCACGGAUGACCUUGGAUAUGAGGAGCCGACUCCCAUUCAAAGGGCGACCAUUCCCAAUGUUCAGAACAAUAGAGAUUUUAUGGGAGUCGCCUCGACAGGUUCAGGUAAGACAUUGGCAUUUCUAAUACCAAUAUUUAUGAAAUUUACCAAGCUUCCACCUCUAAAUGUGAUAACAAGACAAGAUGGACCGCAAGCAUUGAUACUGGCUCCAACGAGAGAAUUGGCUCAGCAGAUAGAGGCAGAAGCCAAGAAAUUCUGCGCUCACUGGAAAAGGCCUUGUUUGGUUACCAGUAUAGUAGGUGGCCAUACAUUGGAGGAAAUCAUUUUCAAUUUGCAAGACGGCUGCAAUAUUCUGGUUGCUACACCAGGCAGAUUGAUCGACUGUCUAGAAAAUCACGUUCUGGUAUUGAAACAAGUGUAUACUCUUGUCUUAGAUGAAGCAGAUAGGAUGGUUGAUUUUGGAUUUGAGGACCAGUUAACAACUAUUCUGGCUAGGACCGAUGACAUAUUAGAGAAGCAAACGCUGAUGUUCACCGCGACUAUGUCUUCUUCGAUUGAAAGGAUUGCCAAUGGGUAUUUAAGGAAUCCCGGAUUUGUGACUAUUGGUGGUUCAGGAAGCGCUCCACAAAUCCAGCAAAUUAUAGAAUAUGUUGCAACUGACGAACAGAGGUUUAAAAUGCUAACCCAAGAUAUACUUCCCAAUUAUAGACCCCCAGUAAUCAUAUUUAUUAAUUAUAAAGUAACGGCUGAUUGGUUGUUGCGUAAGUUCCAGGAAGAAAGCAAAUUCAGGGUGACAAUUUUACAUGGCUCUAAAUCCCAAACCCAAAGAGAGCACUCUUUAAAAGCUUUCCGAGAGGGUAAAGUUGAUAUUAUGGUGGCAACAGACGUUGCAGGCAGAGGAAUUGAUAUUCCAAAUGUAUCUCUUGUUGUUAACUUCCAGAUGCCUUCUAAGUUGGACGAUUACAUUCAUAGAAUUGGUAGAACCGGUAGGGCGAACCAAAAAGGUACAACUCUAACGUUUUUGGGAGAUAAAGAUGACGCAAGACUUGUACAGUCUCUGUUCAAGUUUGCAAAGAAACAUGACGUAACAGGAACUAACAGCAUUUCCGAUGAGGCAAAAAGGCAAUUUCAUAUAGGUGAAGAUGAUUUAAAGGCGUUGAUCUACUGA